AUGGCCAGAACCAAGCAGACGGCGCGUAAGUCCACCGGCGGGAAAGCUCCCCGCAAGCAGCUGGCCACUAAGGCCGCCAGGAAGAGCGCCCCCGCCACUGGCGGAGUCAAGAAGCCUCACCGCUACCGGCCCGGGACCGUCGCUCUCCGGGAGAUCCGGCGCUACCAGAAGUCCACCGAGCUGCUCAUUCGGAAGCUGCCAUUCCAGCGCCUGGUGAGAGAGAUCGCCCAGGACUUCAAGACCGACCUUCGCUUCCAGAGCUCGGCCGUCAUGGCCCUGCAGGAGGCCAGCGAGGCUUACCUGGUCGGGCUCUUCGAGGACACCAACCUCUGCGCCAUCCACGCCAAGCGGGUCACCAUCAUGCCCAAGGAUAUCCAGCUGGCCCGCAGGAUCCGAGGGGAGAGGGCUUAGAUCU